UGUAGAAAAUGUUUGCUUGAAGAGAAAAAGCGAGGACAAACAAGGCUGAUGUCUUUUCACGCUGCAGAGUGACUUGAGAAAGCUGAACGCAGCAGAUAGUGGUAGUUAAUGACGGAGAACUAUUGUCUAGCGAGUGAAGGAGUUAAAUCGCAUACAAAUUAAUAUAUGGAAUAAUUAACAGCAUCUAAUAGUGGAGAAUACCAAUAUAAACUGCUGCUGCUGUGGCGAAGUGAGCGGUGGAGCUGUGGUGGCGGUGAACGUCGAGUCUUGCAGCUAACCAGAUGAUGAACGCAAAGUACAGCUCCUCCCUGGUACGCGUCAUCCGCCGCAACGCCACAACGAUGCGCGUGUUGGUGGUGACAACGGCGGUGGUGGUGGUGAUAGUAGUGGUGAACCUGGCCUCGCACCGCACUCAUGCUACCGCCACUGCUGCUAACUUCUUCAAAAUGCCGCCGCCGUGGGGGUGGCGGUGUGAGGACGGGCGGUGCGUGAAGCACGCGGCGGCGGGCGGCGCUGACCUUGUUCCUCUCAAUCAGUGCAAGCUGACGUGCGGGCGCGCGGGUGUGCUGUGGCCGCUGCCCAUCUCUGCCUCCUUGGGGCGCCGCGUCUCACUGUUCCUGCCACACAACGCGUCCCUCAGGCCCGCGUGCCCCACGGAGGUGUGCCCGCUGUUACAGGAGGCCUUCGCGUUGUUCCGCGACGCCCUGCAGCGCUACCAUCCGGACUACGCCGGCGGGGAGGUGCCGUGGGCCGGCCCCUGGGACGCCGCCACCGAGGCACACGCGCUGGUGGUGGCGGUGACGGUGGAGGGCCCGCAGGCGCACCUCACGUUGGACACUGAUGAGUCGUACAGUCUGACUGUGAACACGUCCGCCGACGGCGCCGCCACCACGGCCACCAUCACGGCGCCCACCUUCUUCGGGGCGCGCCACGCCCUGGAGACACUGGCGCAGCUGGUGGACUACGACGAGACGCGCGACGCGCUUAUGGUUGUACAGACAGCGGCGGUGACGGACGCACCGGCGUUCGCGUACCGCGGGCUGCUGGUGGACACCUCGCGUAACUUCGUGACGGUGGCGGCGCUGCGGCGCACGGUGGACGCCAUGGCCGCCAGCAAGCUGAACACUCUGCACUGGCACAUCACAGACUCCCAAGCCUUCCCGCUGGCCCUGCACGCCCUCCCCAACAUGGCCUACUACGGCGCCUAUUCCGCCAGGCAGGUGUACACGCCGGCUCAGGUGCGCGACCUGGUGCAGUACGCCCGCGUGCGCGGCGUGCGUCUGCUGCCCGAGCUGGACGCGCCUGCGCACGUGGCCAACGGCUGGCAGUGGGCCGAGAAGGAGGGACUGGGCCGACUUGCCGUGUGUGUCAACCAGGAGCCGUGGCAGGAGUUCUGUGUGGGGCCUCCCUGCGGGCAGCUCAACCUAGCCAACCCUGCAAUAUACGACAUUAUUGGGCAGAUCUAUGAAGAAAUGUUGGACAUCUUCGCUCCCGUCGACAUAUUCCACUACGGCGGGGAUGAGGUGAACCUGAACUGCUGGAACUCGACGCAGGAAAUCAGGUCUUGGAUGAUCGCGAACGACCACGGCGUGGACGAGGAGGCGUACUACAGGCAGUGGGCGGUGUUCCAGGAGAAGGCGCAGCAGCUGCUGAAGAAAGCUGCCAAGGGGCGGAAGGUGGAGGGAGUUCUGUGGACCUCUGAGCUGACCAAGCCCGGCAGACUGAACCUGUCCCACAACUCCUCGCAGUACAUCAUCCAGAUCUGGAGCACGCAGGACGACCCGGUCAUCAGCGAGAUGCUUUCACUGGGACACAGACUCAUCUUCAGCAACCACGACGCCUGGUACCUUGAUUGUGGCGUGGGGGCGUGGGUGGGCGACGGGAACAACUGGUGCAGCCCCUACAAGGGCUGGCAGACCGUGUACAACAACAGUCCGCACACCAUCGCCAUGACGCUGACGGGCUCUCCUAACACAGAGCUCAUCCUUGGCGGAGAGGCCGCCCUGUGGACUGAGCAGGCAGACACCAACACUGUGGACGCCAAGGUGUGGCCGCGCGCCGCAGCGCUGGCGGAGCGUCUGUGGAGCAACCCGUCCACCUCGUGGCAGAAGGCAGAGACCCGCUUCAUCCACCACCGGCAGCGCCUCGUGCAGCGCGGCGUGCAGGCGGAACGAAUACAGCCCCAGUGGUGCCACCAGAAUGAGGACCUGUGUUACCUCUAGUGCCAGACCAGUGCCAGGUAGCGUAGGAUGUCAGCUAUGGUGAAGAGCCUGCAGGUGGUGUGGGUGAGGCGCGCGGUGUCGUCACAGCAAGGUAUACCGUGUAGCAUGAGGAGACUAUCCUUGUUUUACCGUUGUGUAGAGACCUGACACUUACUGUAAUGUAGUUUGUAAUUCCUUGGAGUGGCUUGGCUCUGUCUUGCCAUGUGUAGACUUAUGGCUCGUUGCACCUCUCCUUGUGUUCUUCCAGUUUCCAGUAUGUUCUCAUGUUCUCUCGCUGUCUAGGGCGAGGAACUGGUGCUGUGUAGACUUAGUUGUGAGUGUUUUGUUACACAGUUGUUCUUAUCUAAUUAUAUUUUUACAGCAUUGAGUCAAGUUCGUAAUGUCUUGGCUUCUGUAGUGAAUUGGUUAUAUAGAUUUGUAAAACUAUUAAUAUUCCUUGUGUGUGUGUGUGUGUGUGUGUGUGUGUGUGUGUGUGUGUGUGUGUGUGUGUGUGUGUGUGUGUGUGUGUAGGUGGAGGGUAAGGUGGCAUAUAGUCGUGAUUAUAGACAUCCUCCAUCCACUCUUCCUUCUGACAUUUACUUCUCUGUACUUUUCCCUGCCGCCCCGCCCCUUCUUGCCUCUCUUCUCCUUUCUCCCUUGCUUCACUCGACGGACCAGCCCGGCAAGUGACCCCCGCCACACACACACACACACACACACACACACACACACACACACACACACAGAGAGAGAGAGAGAGAGAGAGAGAGAGAGAGAGAGAGAGAGAGAGAGAGAGAGAGAGAACGUAUGUAAAAAAGAUUGCUUUCUUAUUUGACUUUCACUUUGUGUGUGUGUGUGUGUGUGUGUGUGU